AAUAACUAAUUAUAAAAUUUACGGAUUUUUCACCAAAUGCCCCUGAGGUUUACUUUAAUGCACCAAAUACCCCUAAACUUUCCAAAAUGCACCAAACACCCCUGACGUAUGCAAUAAUAUCAUUAAAUGCCCUUUUGUCUGACGGACGUUAACCCUCCGUUACCAUGUUUUUACCUUGUUGCCCUUACUUGUCCUUUCUGGCGCCAUAUCAAAAAAGAAAAAAAAAAGAAAAAAAAAAAAUUCAAAACCUAACUUCCCAACUUCUUCCUCGACAUUUCUCUCUGUUCUCUUACACCAUUAGAGAGCACUUGAGUACCAAACCAAAGAGAGAGAAAGAUCGAAAUUCGCUGGGAUUUGUGUAAAACAACUCGCAAUAGUUAGUCGAAGUAAAUCCCCACGAAAAGAUCGACAAUUUGGUCCAAAAAUCUGCAGUUUUCGCGAGUCCUACAAAAGUGGGUGCAAGGAGAGCAAAGGACUGGAAUUUGUGGCUUCAACUUCAUCAAAAUUGUGUCAAGGAUGGUCGCAAUUUGGUUGUUAUGUCAUUAUAAUGAUCGGAAUUUUGAUGUGAGGGUACAAGAUACUGAUGAAACGAACUACAUGGAUUUGGUUGAUGACUUGUUUGAUGAUUCUAUUAAGCAAGAUGUUCUGAUUCCCAAUUUAUUUAGAUUGUUUUAUGUUAAUCCUAGUACAAAUAAAAGAGUAGAAUUGUUGAAUGAUGUUGGUUUGAUGGGCAUGUGGGGUUUAUUUAAGCGCACAGAUACUGUGGAAAUAUGGAUAGAGAAGGCAAAUGAGAAGGAAACUUCAAUCCAAUUUAGGACUGCAGUUAAGAAAAGGAAGGAUAGGAAGGAAAGGAAGGCUGCAGAACUUAGAAGGAAAGCUGAGGAGUUUGAGAGGGAGAGGGAAGAGGAAAGGAGAAGGUUAGAAAGGGAGGCUGAGAUUCAAAGGGAUUUGGAGGAGCAAUUGGCAAACACAGUGGCAGUUGAGGUGCCUGUGUAUGAUGUUGAGGAUUUAAGCGUAGAGUACGUACGUGUUUACAGCUCACAACAUGCUGACUGCUUUUCCCCGGGAGGUUCCCAACCACCAAAUACACAAAAAGAGCCUUCACCACCACCAAGAGAGCCCUCACCACCACCAAAUAAUCCAUCACCACCACCAAGAAGUCCCUCACCACCACCAAAUAAUCCAUCACCACCACCAAGAAGUCCCUCACCACCACCAAAUAAUCCAUCACCACCACCAAGAAGUCCCUCACCACCACCAACCUCACCACAGACACAACCACAGCAACAACAACAACAGACAUAACAUCAGCAACAACAACAAACAGAACAUCAACAACAACAACAAACAGAACAACAGCAACACCAACCCACAGAACAGCAGCAACAACAUCAAACAGAACACCAGCCAGAUCAGACACCCCCUCCUAACAGGGCUGAGUUAAACAAAGGGAGGGGUUUCAGAAUUUCCAGAAGUCAUGCUAAGAAGACGGGUGAGUUUGUUCCUAAGAAGAGGGGGGGAAGGCCUGCUGGUUCAAGGGUGAGGAAACCCACUGCAUACAAUGUGGAGGAAGAGGAGCAAUGGGAUGAUGAGAGUGAUGAUGAAAAUUUUGAGGAGAGUGAGAGUGAUAGUGAAACUGGUUUCAACUCCGACGAUUUCAUUGAUG